CUCUGGAUGAGGGAUAACGUUAGCUAACUGGCCUAGCUAACCAGCUAACGUUAGCGCAGUUCAGUAGGCUAGCUAAGUUAACGCUAGCUGACCAGACAGGCUAUAGACAACUUUCACCGACUAUCAAGCUGACCAAAACCACAGGCACCUGCAAUCAAUAUGAAUGUAGUUGAGUUCCUGGUGUCCCUGCUGGAUGUGCAUAAACAACAGCUGAAAGCACUGACCAGACAGGGGGAGAUCCAGGAAAAGGUCCUCAGCCAGCUGGUCAAGGAUGGUUUAACCAAAACCCUUGACCGGUCUUCACCGCAGGAUGAAGAGGAACAGAGAAGGCCUGGGAUGACAACAGGGAGAGAUAAAGACCCAGAGGACUGGGUUGCUAGGCUGGCUGGGCUGCUGCAAGAGGAGACACAGAAGAAGAGUCAACCGAUCAGACCCCAGGGGUUGACUAAUGCCUCCCAGACCAGGGUACAGGGACAGAUGUGGACUGUGGAGGACAAGAGCAGGCAGGACUUCCUGUCCCUGAGGUACGACACCCAGAAGGGAGCCAGAGAGCUGGGGCAGAGGCUUGACUCAGCUGCUAAGCACUGGCUUAGGCCUGACCUAAGGACUGCUGCACAAGUAGAACAGUGUGUUGCCAUGGAGCAGUUUCUGUCCCUAUUGCCAAAGGAGGCUGGUGCCUGGGUGCAGAAGCAGCAGCCCAGGGAUAUGGAGGAAGCAAUCAGCAUGGCUGAGCAGCGGCUUGGGUCUGGGGUCUUCACCGUCUCCUCGCCUGCCCCUACACAGACUGACACAGCACAGAGCUCAACAGAGGCACAUGAACAAGGGAGUGUCAAGAUGCAGAGCACCAGUGAUCAGCCAGAUGCUUUGACCAAGUCAUUUCUCAACCAGCUGGAGACAGUUAAACUGGAGUCUGUCCAUUUCAGCCUGGAGAUUCCUGACGUGGGGAUGACCAGCUAUCAGGAGGAGCAGGACGAGCAUAAGAGGGUCCCAGAGGAAGGGUCCAUCUUUGUGUGUAAGCAGGAAGUGGAAGAUCCUGACUGGCAUCAGGAGAGUGCUCCUCCAGAGCCCAUCCAAAUGUCUGUGAGAACAACAGAACAUGAAAGCAUGUCUGUGGACACACCUUACAUCUUCCUUCCCAGAAACAACCCUCUCUCCUCCACCAUGUACACGCAUCCAACACCCACAGUGUCCAGUCAGAUCCCCUCCCCACAGUCACCCCCACCCCUAGCUCCUGAUGCCUAUCAUCCACAUGUCCAGGACAGCCCAGUGAUAGACGGACUGCGGAGUAAUGCUUCUAGUGACGAGACUGAGCUUACUGCCAGGUACACAAGGCUAAUCUCUGAAGAUGGACAGUUGACCUGGGGGACCCUCUCGGGUGUUCCUUCACCCUCCUUCCACACUCGCCAGCCAUCACCCUCGCCCUCCCAUCAGUGCCCAGACUGUGGCUGCUGCUUCGCCCAGCAGAGGAACCUGGAGGAGCACAGGAACAUUCACACGGGAGCGAGGCCCUUCGUCUGUGGGGUGUGUGGGAAGGCCUUCUGCCACCGCCGCACCCUCAACAAACACACACGCAUCCACUCCUGGGAGAGACCCUUUCAAUGUACUGACUGUGGACAGACCUUCAAACUCAAAGACACCAUGAAGAGGCACCAGGUUUCCCACAGCAAGCCAGGGCCAGGGGCACGUCACCUCUCUCACUCACGCUGAUACUCUAACUAUCAGCACUUCACCUGGCUGGGAGGAGGCCUCAUGAGAAUUGACACACAACAAUGACUUGAAGUAGGACUGGUCAGGUGGCUUUCUCUGUAAAUGUCCUACGUAGGCAGAUGUAUUUGUGAGAACUACCAGUGUUUUCUGUUGGCGUGUUCCAUAAACAGAGGACACUGCUUUGGGUUUCACAGGUGAACUGGUUGGUGGAACAUCGCUCCCAUGUUUCCAUGUAAACAAGCUCAAAUUACUUGUUCUUUAUUUAUAAUUUUUUUGUAGAUGCCCUUGAUCCAAGAUAUAGGUAUUUCAUGCAUUUUGAUAUUGUGAUAGUUAAUCUUUAAUUAUUUGUUUGUGAUCAUGGUAGUACUUAUUUUCAGAACAGAGAUCAGAAAACAUUGUGUGACAGUGUACUGUAUUUAUUUUUAGAAUCAAUAUGUUUUAUGCAUGAUGUAUGUACAGUACCAGUCAAAAGCUUGGACACCUUCAUUCAAGGGUUUUUCUUUAUUUGACUAUUUUCUACAUAGUAGCAUAAU